ACACUUCCCCGAUUCGUAGUUGGACCGGGGCACCGUAGCCAGGGUCCCACACUCUUCGGCGGGCUGCAUGGACUGAGCCAAUUCGGUGUGGAAGAUCUCCUGGCUGUGGCGGUGUGGCUAAUCCACCUUCGCAGCUCCAGUAGUCAGUCUGGAGUCCUUCUGGAAGCAGCUCUAAGGAACAAGCCAAGAACUCAGACUCUCAAUGUCUUCGCUGAUGCUCCUUUGAGGUACCCCCAAAUCUCUGACCACAUCACCCUGGACCCCCGAUGCGGCUGCCUGAGCAACCUGGAGAUGGGAAGCCUGAGAAUGAGACAAAGGGGGACCAAGAAACCCCCGAAAGGGGAGAGGAGCCACGGAGAAGCCCAGCCCCUGACUUCCCCACCUGGGAAAAGAUGCCGUUCCACCAUGUAACCGCUGGCUUGUUGUACAAGGGGAAUUACCUCAACCGAUCUCUGUCUGCAGGCAGUGACAGCGAGCAGUUGGCUAAUAUCUCCGUGGAAGAACUGGAUGAAAUCCGAGAAGCCUUCCGUGUUCUGGACAGAGAUGGCAACGGCUUCAUCUCCAAGCAGGAGCUGGGCAUGGCCAUGCGCUCCUUGGGGUACAUGCCGAGCGAAGUGGAGCUGGCUAUCAUCAUGCAGCGUUUGGACAUGGACGGAGAUGGGCAGGUAGAUUUUGAUGAAUUCAUGACGAUUCUUGGGCCCAAGCUGGUGUCAUCAGAAGGUCGGGAUGGUUUUCUUGGAAAUACGAUAGACAGUAUCUUCUGGCAGUUCGACAUGCAGAGAGUCACGCUGGAAGAGCUGAAGCACAUCCUGUACCACGCCUUCCGGGAUCACUUAACGAUGAAGGACAUUGAGAACAUUAUCAUCAACGAGGAGGAGAGUUUGAACGAGACCUCGGGGAACUGCCAGACAGAGUUUGAAGGAGUUCAUUCGCAGAAACAGAACCGACAGACCUGCGUCCGCAAGAGCCUCAUAUGCGCCUUUGCCAUGGCCUUCAUCAUAAGCGUCAUGCUGAUCGCAGCCAACCAGAUCCUGCGGAGCGGCAUGGAGUAGGAUAGCAGCCUUCCACCAGCCACACCGCGUUGCCAGCUCACUGCGCAUGUGCAUGCCCCGCGGGCAGACUCUGUUCAUUCACACGGGAGAUCUGGACCUUUAUGGAUGGAUGCAUUGGUACCCUUCAGUAAAGAACUCAAGUUUGCAGUGCAACCGGGGUCACGGAUCAACUCCAUCUCCUUGGCAGGGACACAAAAGGGCUGUCUUCAAUGCUUUCAUGGUUUUGUUUCCCAAUGCAAUAAAUAGCCAGGAGUUCUCAAUUAUUGCUUCAACCGCCAGUAGCAACUCUGAAGUGGGGGGGAAAAAUACUGCUUUCUUUUCGUCUUGGAAUUCCAGUAGCCAUCCAGAUAGCAUGGUGGCCUCUGAGAGCGAGAAAGAAAAGACAGGUAUAAGCAACAGCCACCUCUAUCCAUGACCCAAUUCUUUCAACCCAGGGACCCACGGAGACUCCCUGCUGAAGUUGACUUCUGGGUUGCUACAGAAAAGGGGACUUUCCAUCUCACCCUGGCUUCCUUCCUCCACCCAGUGGAGACCCCCUCCCACCAAGGCAUGGAGGGGGAAAGCCAUUAAGCAGGGUGCAGCUCCUUGCGGUCCCUGCUGUUCUUUAUCGCCUUUUCUACAGGACACUUGUCGGUAGAGCUGGGGCACUCUCGGUUGGUUUCCAUGGCUCUUGGCUUUCUGUUUCUGAAGUCCAUCCCGCACCAGCAUCUUGGAAUCUGCAGAGAGCCUGGCUCCCAGCUUUCUUGCCUGUGCUGCCAUUAGAGAAAAGAAAAAAGAAAAAAAAAAAAAAAGAAAAAAUCCAUAACCUGUGUCUCUAUAACCCAGACACGUAGACAGACAAGAGACUUUUCCACGCGUGAUGCUAUUCUCCCCAAAUUGCUUACUCUGGACGUGAAUCUGUUCUCUAUCUCACCCCUAUCUGCUUCUUUAGAGCAGAGGGGGAAGUACCUGGGGGUAGGGAAGGAUUGGGUCUGGCGGCGAGGAGGCCCACACCCCAGGCAUCCGAAGUAACAGAGCCCCUCUGAGCCGCCAUAUUUGACAUCUGUAAGUUAAGAUUGGCCCACAUCUAACCUUCCCCUCAUCUUGGACUUUAUUAGCAAGCCUUUCCCCAGCUAAGAAAAGGAGACCUAGAAGCUUGAAGCAGAAAUAUGGAAGGAUCAAAUUGCUGUAUUUUAUUUAAUAACUCAUGAUAUUCAGGUUGUGCCAAUGACUCAUUAAAAAAAACCAAAAAGACAGAUGCUAAUGGGCGUGGCUGAUAGGACAGAGACUUGAUCAGUGUUCUGAUCCCAGAACACUUACAUUGGGGCUGAAUAUCUGGGUCUGUUUUAGUAGCAGGCCAAGACUCUCAUUUCUUCGACUUUUCCUGGAUUCAUUAUGAAUUUAAGCCCCAGUGGUCAGAUUAGCCGGUCACCUAUAGACAUGCUAACUCCCUUUGUAUUUUUCUGACCUUUAUCUCUGUAACAAAAUUGUCCUCCUCCAACUUCGGAUCUCAGCCGGAAGAUCCCCAAUUCCCCCUUCCUCUUCCCUUCCCCUUUCCUCCAGCCACACGGAGGUGCCAGCAGCUUUGCUCUCUACAUUCUGCUGGGUAGGUUUUUAUGGUGCAAUGCAUAUCCCUCUAGCCUACUUUCUCUCUCUGCUCCCUCCUUACGUACUCCCUUCUUAGACUUGGAUCACGCAAGGUCUCCACAUAGGGUCUUCCUCCAGUUCACCUCUACGCGCUCUCCAUAUAGUAGUAUGGGGGCAGCUCUAGAUAUUCUCCCACUGUAGGGUGUGGAUAUUCACCAAGAGCACAAGUCAAACUAGGUUUGAGCCAUAGCAUAGAGAGGAGGGAGCAGGUCAGAGGUCCCAAGAAGCCCAAGGGGCACAGAGUCACUUCAUAAAACUGCCUGGAGUCUGGAACAUCCGGGCAGCAGCCUGCCUUCCCUUCUUCCGGUGCCCUUUGCAAACCUGCCCUUAUUGCUUCUUCCCUAGGCUGAGUCACCAUGUUCCCCUUAGGGCCAGACUCCUGAACUAGAGCAGGCAGAGACACAGAAUCUUAAUACACUUCACAAUGUUCCACCCCUUUUGUUUCUUCCUGGAGCAAUCGCCUUCUUUCUGCCAGACAUGUGCAAGAAGGCAAGCACAGCUGGUAGCAACUACUUCCCUACUAUCAUGUUUCCCUACUAUUAGCUGGGGUUUGAACCUCCAAACUGCCCCCUCCUGGGAGUCUGGUGGGAAGAUCCAGAUAGUGCAGGCCUUUAAAGGACCGGAAAGCAGCGGAUACCAUGCCACGGCUGAGAUCGGCUCUCAAGGUGAAACAUAAGGAAUUCUUCAAAUGUUGCUUUUCUGCAAGAUCUGCCCCAAACUGAAGGAGGUGGAUCCCAAAAGAUGCAUGGUUCAGAUUUCAUCAGCAAUAAGCAGAGAUGUGAUAAAAGCCUGUUCUCUACUGACAGGACUAGGUGGCGGGUCCUGACAAAAUCACACCACGAGACAGGUCUCACGUGGGAGGGUUUUUAUGAAAGAGGAGGGGGCACAGAGAUGGGCUCUGGAAGAAAGAGGAAAGAAGAGAGUGGGGGAAGGAAGAAAGUGGCUUUUAUUGGGGCCCUGGUGCAUGUGUAAGGGGCCAUGCAACAGGGACGACAGCUAGUGGUGACAUUUUGUCGUUGGGGUCCCUCGAAAGCUGGCUAUAAAGAUGCCUGAUUGUCGCGGUGUCACUUUUGGCUGUCCGUGAACAUGCCUGAUUGCUAAAAUCUACAAGGGUGUGAGCACCAUCUCCCAAUAUCAUGGAAGGAAAGACAUGAAAGAAGCGAUCAGAUUCCCUAUGACGGUCCAUAAAUUAUUCUCCCAGCAUCCUCCGCAUCCGAGGCACACAGGAACUGAAUGCAUCAGUGUAAGAAGUCUGGUCUAGUGGUGUCCUUUAGACUUAGGGGACUAAGAGUGCGCUAAGGUGGUCUACUCUCUAGCUGUUUUGCUUGUGUUAUGCCUUUGGUAUAUUUAGGGUGUUGGGCUUCUUUUCCAGGCAGCCCUAUUGUCAGACUUGUUCACAUAAAUGCUACCCUGAGGUUCCCUGUCACCUAACAUCCUCAUGACAGUAAUUGGGGAGUAGUUGGUUGGCUGACGGGUCCAGAAAGUUCUGCUUCCUCUUGCUCAAGGAAAGCCAUACAUAGGCAGCUGAGACACCCUCUGAAGGAGAGGCAGAAGCUCAGCCUUUGCUGCCUGGCCCGUGACUGGACUUAGGAGACGGUGACUGAGGCAGGCCAGUCAUGAGAUGACUCAGUGACUGGCGCAUUCUUGCUGCCAGCUCAGCUCCACAUCCCCAGACCUCCAUGAAUGACAGAUACCAGGACAGCAAUUUACCUGGGACAGAAAGACAAGCUGACUCUCAACCCUUUAACUUUCAAACAAACCGUUCCCUCACUGCCCUGGAUGUAGACUGAGUCCCUAUACUGGAACUGUUAACAGCGACUUCCAGAAGAUGUGCAAGUUCCAUAUGAGAUCUAUAAGAUGUUGCCAAGGCAACCAUGGCAUCUACCCUGAGUUUGCCAAGGCACAAACAGAGGGAACACUUAAAGAACACUCUAGGCCCUACCUGCCUGCACUAUGACUCCCAGAAUCCAUCUCCUGCUGAGAUGGGAAAUUAACCUCCAAGAAUUGUAUGGCUUCCCUGCCUUUUCCUAUUAUAUUUGAAUGUGUCCCUCCCCUCUUCCAAACUCAGGAGAAAAUGAGUCAGCCUCCUCACCUCUACCCUUAUCUCACCUCCCAGAACAAAGACUCUCUACAUAUUGUGGGCAAUAAAACCACCCCAUAUCACCGGGCAGGCAAAAACACAUGUUGAGCCUGCCAUCUUUAAAAGUAUUUGCUUGUUUGCUGAGAUCCUCCAUCCAGAAUUAUGACAAGAGGUGAACUAUGGUGCUCAUGAGUUCUUGGGCAGGCACAGUGAUUGUGGAACGUUCUGGGUGAUGGAUAUGCAGAGAUAGGAGCCUUCCCUGGGCAUCUUCCAUUAUCUGCUCCUAGCUCAAAGUUUACAUGGCAAGUGGUUGAGUUUCUAAAAGAAUGGGAUAGAAAAAAGAAAAUGUAAAGAAGGAAGGAAGGAAGGAAAGAAAGAAGGAAGGAAGGAAGGAGGGAGGGAGAGAGAAAGAAGAGAGAGAGAGAGAGAGAGAGAGAGAGAGAGAGAGAGAGGCAGGCAGGCCACCUAUGUUGAGGAGAGCAUCCUUCCUAGCCUGCAGCCAUUGACUCUCAAAGUGAUUGAAAAAUCUAAGAGCAGGGAGAGAGACAGCUGGCUUUUAUUGCAAACUCCUUCUAUGUGCUCAAGUCCAGACUCAGGUCAUAAAUCAAAGAAUAUUGUGUACUUUGUUGUUUUGAAUCUGAGACUGGUAGUGUCCCUGGGACCUCAUGAGGGAGGGCGUCAUCAUAAGAUGAACAAGGUGACUGUUGGGGGUACUUUCAAGGGGGGGGGGGCGGAUGACUUGGCUAUGCCUAGCUGCAUGUUGUAUGUGGAACUGUUUCCUCAUGUGCCCUUGGUUUCACUCUUUGUGGAAAGUGCUAAGUUUUGUACCUCAAAGCAUACUAGGUCAUGUCUCUAUGCUAUAUCCCUAAAGGUCCACAGCUAUCCUAUCUACCCUGUUACCUAAGAUACACAGAGAGUCUGGAACCUUGUUGUGAAAGGGUCCUUAUUUUUAUAUAAUGCUAUGAAGAUGCUACAAAUGAGCUCCGAUGAAUCUUCUCGACUUUGGCACAUACUGUUUCUAUGACCAGGAGGACCAUAGAACCCCACUCCCUGGGAAGCAUCCAUCCUGAACAACUUCAGAUCAGUAUCCUCCCCCCCCCCCCACUGGCCUCUUCCAAGAUGCCCUGCGGGGCUGAGAGUCCAGAACUCACAGCCAUUUUUUCUCCCUCCACAGUGACUUCUUGAUUCCCCUCCUCUACAAGAAGAAAAUCCAUUUCUGAAACAGAAGAGCUAUGCAGCCAUUAGAGCUUUUAAUUUGAAUUAUUUAUAGUCAGAAUAGACAUGAAUAGAAUAAGAAGCUAGGCCACCUCAUCUUGUCCCCAUGCCAAUGAUCAUGUAAAUGUCACAAUUGCUUAGCUUCAUCCCAUCCACACUUGGACUAACUCACUCAGGGGACUGUUCUCAACUAUGUGGCCUUGCCACAGUAGGUUUGGAGGAAGGGGUCAGGUGUACCAGCUAACUAAACCUUCUCUUAGGAUCCUAUGCUCACGAUAGAUGCAUACCGUCAUGCUAACAUCAAUUGUUUAUAUUUAAUACUGGUUCUAAUUUAAAAUACUACAAGGAAUGGUCAAUUCAACCCAAUGUGGGAGAACAUGCUUUUAAUUCCUGGCACUUGGCAAACUGAGGCAGAAGCAUUAAAGUUCAACAUCUGCCUGGACUGUGGAGCAAGUUCAAGGGCAGUCUGAGUUCCAUGGUGAAGUUUCAGGCAAGCCUGGGCUACAUACAGAGCUCUGGGCUAGCAUGAGCUAACAUAAUGGGACUCCUUCCUACUAAAAGAAAAAAAAGCAGUUUCUUUCCCCCAGUUGCACAAAAACAGACCUCUGUACCUUAACAUUACUUGCCUAGCUCCUAUCUUGGGUAAUUUGUCAACUGAGGACACCCCACAUGCUGGACAUGGGGUCACCCUUUUCAUCAGGUGUGGUAUCUUGGCUUCCGAACCAGUGCAUUAUAUGCUGUCAGAAGUUAUCCAAACAGGAGUAGUGGGGCAUGCCUAUCAUCCUAGGAGUUCAAGGUUUCUCUUACUACAGAACAAGAUAGACAGAGCUACAUGUGAAUGAACACACACACACACACACACACACACACACACACACACACACACAGUGGGGUAGGGAGAGUGGGGAGCUAUCUAAAUGGAAGGAGGCAGAGGCUAGAAUUUUCCAGAAGGUAGACUCACUGGGAGAGAAUAUUUCAGAGAAUGCAGCUUUCAUCCAGGAUGUUUUCUCCAUCCUUGGACCAGAGAAAGAGAAAGUUUUUAGAGGGCUGAUAGAUGCUAGUCCCUGUCUAACUGGCCUACUUUAAGAAUGUCCAAGGGAUGCCCUGUCAGGCACUGCCUAUCAACAUAUUCCCAGCACAGCUCUGUGGAUGCCAAUAGGAGGUUAGUACCUCCCCUGGGUGGAUGCUGACCCCUGACAAGCCCAGCCUGCCUUGUCUGGAGCUCUGAGACCUGUGAGCAGGGGCCAGAAAGCAGAAUAGAAAAAUCAAAGGGAGACAGACCAGCACUGUCAUUUGGGAAGGGCACCCGGAAUAGGAUUCUUGCUGCUACAAGUCAGGGAAAAUCUAGACAUCCCUAAUGGAAAGGGUUGAGAGUUGUAUCACACAGGGGUGCUAGCUGGUUUUGUGACAUGAGUUUUGUGACAUGUGUUCCUUUCAGUGACUACUGUUUCCCAGCCAGUGUGUCACAUGUCACACAGAAUUAGAGAAGUUUUCAUUUAUUUCCUAAAAGCUUGCUGAAUCAAGAAGAUGAGCUUUUAUGGCCUUGUCUUGGCCAGCUUGAAAAUGAAGGAUAUUCGGUCCCCUGGAUGAAUGUCUCAUGGAAUCUGAAUCCAUGAGUCAGUAGGUCGAAAAAAAAGCCGGAUUCCCUAAAAACAAUGUUCCCUGAAUCCAUCUGAGGAUGCUUACCUGGAAACCCCCAAAUAAAGGAUGGACACACCCUGCUUUCUCACUACUAUUACCACACUGCUUUUCCCCUGGACACUGGACUUAGCAGCAGUUCAAGUGCAUUGUGGUCCUGGCUCAGAAUCAUUUGUAAUUCUACAGAAGGUAGAAAGCUGCCACCUCUAAUCUUUCAGGACUUUCAGGAAGUAGAUGACAAGUCUGGGGUGCAGGACCAUCAAUCUGCAGCCGUUCUUAGAUAGCCAGAGACUAGAGUUGGACACAUGCUCAUCAUAGCUAUGUUCCCACCAUAGCAAGAGGCAGGGAGGGAGCAGCAAUAGGGUCCCCAAGUCUUUGUCCCUUCUUCUCCAUUUCACCUCAGAGUCUGUUUGAGCCAGCCAUGGUGGCAUACACCUGCAGUCCCAGUCCAUGGGAGGCAGAGGCAGGAAGAAUGUGUAAAGUUAGAGGACAGCCUGGGCUACACGGUGAGUGCCGGGUCAGCUUGAGGUACAGUGUGAGAUCUUGUCUCCUAAACAAAACAAUGAGAAUAGUAAAAUUCUACUUCCUGCUUCCUGAAGCAGCCUGAGGUCUAGUCAGUGUUCACAGGCCACCACAUUGUUCUUCCCCGAGAAGACUGGUCUUAGAGAAAGGACUCUCUCAGCCUCUGGUACAAGUUCACAGAGACGGGGGGGGGGGGGGGGGGGGGCUCUGGGGAAUCCUUAGGGACCCCUGCAGUGACUUCUCACCGGCAGUCUGAUUUCUCUUCCACAAAUUCAGAAAGAAGUUAGUUGUCCAAGGCAAAGCCAUGGCGAUGCUCACAGAAGCCAUUCCGACUCUGAAGGUCUGGUCCUGCCAGGUGUGGGCAAGCUGUGGUCUGUGGGUACAGGUCACUAACUUAAGCUUAUUCUCAAAGCACAGAUGCAAAUGGCUGGGAUUCGAGCCCUAGAAGCUGGGUGUCUCUGAAGCACAGGUAAAGACUGUUCCAAUCAGUAGCUUCUUGCCUCUUCUUCCAGAAUGUUCCAGUCAGAUGUCAAUCAUGCAUCUUAAUUUCCCACUGUACCUCAUUUAUAUUCUUUUGGGGUUUUGUUUAUUUAUUUUUUCUUCAUUUAGUGUUAGUUGGUGAUUUUCUGCUAUUAAGUGGUGAGACAGCAGGUUAGUGAAAUAAAAAACAUAUCUUUAUAUCAAAUGUAAAUAUUAAUAUAAAUGAACUUGGCAUGCAACUUAAGUGAUCCAACGAAACGAUAUUAUUAACAUGUUAUCUUAUUGUAUAAAGGGAAAAUGGUUGCCAUAUAUGUACCAGAUGUUUUCUGUAACUAAACUUGUCUGUAAAUAUAUAAUCUUAUUUAAAAAAAAGAGUCUAAUUUACCAUUAUUUAUGCAAUAGAAAAAAAUAAAAGUUCUUUUUUUUUUUCCUUCCUUUUGA